GUCCCAUUCCCCAGCACUCCUCCUCCCCGGCAAAACCGGGCACCAGCAGGCGUUUGCGAGAGGAGAUACGAGCUGCACGCCUGGCCCUUCCCUCCCACCGGGUCCUAGUCCACCGCUCCCGGCGCCGGCUCCCCGCCUCUCCCGCUAUGUACCGACCGCGAGCCCGGGCGGCUCCCGAGGGCAGGGUCCGGGGCUGCGCGGUGCCCAGCACCAUGCUCCUGCUGCUCGCCUACCUGGCUUACCUGGCGCUGGGCACCGGCGUGUUCUGGACGCUGGAGGGCCGCGCGGCGCAGGACUCCAGCCGCAGCUUCCAGCGCGACAAGUGGGAGCUGUUGCAGAACUUCACGUGUCUGGACCGCCCGGCGCUGGACUCGCUGAUCCGGGAUGUCGUCCAAGCGUACAAAAACGGAGCCAGCCUCCUCAGCAACACCACCAGCAUGGGGCGCUGGGAGCUCGUGGGCUCCUUCUUCUUUUCUGUGUCCACCAUCACCACCAUUGGCUAUGGCAACCUGAGCCCCAACACGAUGGCUGCCCGCCUCUUCUGCAUCUUCUUUGCCCUUGUGGGGAUCCCACUCAACCUCGUGGUGCUCAACCGACUGGGGCAUCUCAUGCAGCAGGGAGUAAACCACUGUGCCAGCAGGCUGGGGGGCACCUGGCAGGACCCUGACAAGGCGCGGUGGCUGGCGGGCUCUGGCGCCCUCCUCUCGGGCCUCCUGCUCUUCCUGCUGCUGCCACCGCUGCUCUUCUCCCACAUGGAGGGCUGGAGCUACACGGAGGGCUUCUACUUCGCCUUCAUCACCCUCAGCACCGUGGGCUUCGGCGACUACGUGAUUGGAAUGAACCCCUCCCAGAGGUACCCACUGUGGUACAAGAACGUGGUAUCCCUGUGGAUCCUCUUUGGGAUGGCAUGGCUGGCCUUGAUCUCAAACUCAUCCUCUCCCAGCUGGAGACACCAGGGAGGGUAUGUUCCUGCUGCCACCACAGCUGUAAGGAAGACUUCAAGUCCCAAAGCUGGAGACAGGGACCUGAUCAGGAGCCAGAGUCCCACUCCCCACAGCAAGGAUGCUAUCCAGAGGGAUCCAUGGGAAUCAUACAGCAUCUGGAACCUUCUGCUCAAGCUGCAGGCUGUGGCAAGGACAGCUAGUUAUACUCCAUUCUUUGGUCGUCGUCCUCGGUAGCAAGACCCCUGAUUUUAAGCUUUGCACAUGUCCACCCAAAGACUACAUUUUCCAUCCACCCUAGAGGCUGGGUGCAGCUAUAUGAUUAAUUCUGCCCAAUAGGGUAUACAGAGACAUGUCCUGGGUGACAUGGGAUGUGACUUUCGGGUGGCGGGGCGGCAUGCCCUUCUUUCCCACUUCCGUACUUUAGCAGGCUGCAAUGCCGCCGAUAUGGUGGCUGGGAGCUCUGGCAGCCAUACGGCACCAUGAAGUAGCAGCAAUGUUUGAGCGGCACAAUAAGAUAGGAAGAGUCUGGAUCUCUGAUGAUCACAGAGCCAUCCUAACAAACGGAAUAUCACCCGACCUCCUUUAUGUGAGAGAGAAAUAAACAUCUUAUGUA